UAAUUUUUGCUAUAAAUUCUCCGAUUAAGACUAAUAAAUUAUUUUAAUAGUAUUUUCUUUCUUUUUUCAAAUACAAUUUCUACUCAAUAUAGUAUCUGCCAUUAAAAAAAACCCUGUAAAGGGGUUCAAACUAUGGUAUGAUAUUUUGUAUAUUUCCAUAUUUGUUAUUCGGUAAUAACGGCUUAGAUUAUCAUGUCGUCACCAUCAAAACAAAAUUAUGAAGAAUCAAUGAAAAAACGUUUUUGUCCGUUUGAUGACAAUCUUACUCCUCAAUUAAAAGUUCAUAUUGGAUUAAAAGAGUCGGCUAAUAGAGAUGAGAAAGAAAAGGAAUUACAAAAAAUUUACGAUCGAACUAUGCAGAUGUUGAAAAAUGGCCCUAAGAUAACUAAUGCUACUAAUCUUUCAAUAGAAAAUAAGAAAAAUGCUGGUUAUCAUUUUGAAUUGCCAAAAUUCAAACAAAUGAUUCUUACUAACAAUCUUGAGUUGGAAGUUAGUAAGAAACUUAUCCUGCCUUCAGGAAAAAAACCGUGUUCGAAUUGUAAACGAAACAAUGUCAUCGAUAGCAGUUGUUUCCUAUGUAUUGAAUUUCAUUGUUCAGAUUGCCUAAACAUGUGUAGCAAAUGUUCAGAACUAUUUUGUUCAAAAUGUAGCUUAACAAUCUAUGAUGGUGGCGAGCACGUUGAAUGCCUAACAUGUUAUUAGAUCAUUCAAUUUAUUAAUGUUAUGCUAAUUUUUGUCUAGGUGAUUCUUUUCUUUUUGUAAUGAAGUUAAAGAUCUAUAUUUUUUAUGAAAACAUAGUAGAAAUCCUAAUGUAUGAGAUAAUUUUUUUUCAACUGAAUUUUUUUUUUUUUUUGUAUAAUUUGUUUCUAUAAUUGUCAGUAUCAUUGAAAUCAAAAAAGCUUAAAUAAUUGUAUCAAUUUAUUUUAAGUAGUUUAAAAUACCUUAAAAUUAAAUUAUGAUAAUCAAAAUACAACAU